AUAUCGAAUACCACCCAUCCUUCGUCUAGCUUGCUGGUUCGGCCUAGACCCCGCAAGAGCAGAUCGUCCCUUCUUCCUCCAUCCACCCGUCACAAUCCGGCUUCCUUCCCUCUCCCUUUCCUUUCCUAUCGACGACAAUACUGGAGAGCGAUGCAGCCCGGAGCUGAGCAGAUCCAAAAUGAGCGACUGGCGAUGACGUUUGAUACAUUAUUGCGACCUUCUACGACAUCUCUAUCCUCAGAUCCUACCUCCUCCAUAACUUCCCUCGGCGACCAUAAUGGCUGGAGGUCAGGUCGCUUCCGGCCUCACGCCGAUGGCUCUCCUACUUCGAUUGUCAUAAACAUUAAUGAUGGCGGAUCAACAGGCCGAGGAAUUCUUAUCGGUAUAUUGUCAGCGUUUGGUUCAGCAGGCGUUGCCGUGCUUGUUCUUGCUAUUUUUUUCUUUUUCAAAUACACAUCCCGGGGUCGCAUUCUGUUGGAUCGAAUAGGCCGACCCGGUGAAUUCGAUGAUGAGCAGGCUUUUGCGCAUGAGGAGGCCGAGGCCUUGGAGACGAUGGACGAAUUGCAAAGGACGGAAUAUCUAAGAGCAAAAGCGUUUACUCAAGCAAAUCCGCCGGAGUCUGUCCAUACCGAUAUUUCACUCUCGCAGUUUCUGGCAAUACAAGAAAAAGGAGUCUCUGCCUGGGAAUUCGAACCCGAGUUGGAGAUCGCAAAUUGCUUCGUUGAAGCCAGAACCGAGAUCGAGUUUUUCGACUCCGAAUGCAGCGUGCAGAGCAACUUACCAGUCCCGAAGCAAAACGAGGUGUAUUACUGGGAGGCCAAAAUAUAUGAUAAACCCGAGACUAGUCUGAUCAGCAUUGGAAUGACAACCAAGCCGUAUCCACUGUUCAGACUACCAGGUUACCAUAAAACGUCUGUGGCAUACGUGUCUACCGGACACCGAAGGUACAAUCAACCCUUCAACGGCACACUCUAUGGCCCUGCGUAUGUGCAAGGAGAUGUCAUUGGUGUUGGAUAUCGUCCCCGCACCGGAAGCAUAUUCUUCACACGAAACGGGAAGAAGCUUGACGAGGUUGUGCAUAACCUCAAGACUCAGAACUUCUUCCCAACAGUCGGAGCCAACGGGCCGUGUACAGUACAUGUCAACUUCGGACAAAUGGGCUUUGUUUUUAUCGAAGCAAAUGUGAAGAAAUGGGGUUUGGCACCAAUGACCGGAAGUCUUGCGCCGCCUCCGCCAUAUGGCAGUGAGCAAGGUAGCAUCUUGCUCGAGACAGGAAGGGAGGGCAGUUAUCAGCCUGCCUACGAACCAGGCCAUUCAAGGACGCGCAGCGGACUUGCACGACUCGGUCUUCCCGCAGGUAAUCCUGGACUUAUACGACGACCAACAGAUAUAUCACUAUCACAUCUGGCCCAUAUCCCGACACAAGAUCUUCCCAAUCAAGGGAAUGAUCUUCUGGACAUUGGCGACAUCCAGCAUCAGCCCGUCGAGAACACGCCCAUGGGGCAACAAAUCAUCCCACCUCCAGAAUAUAGCAGUCCUCCGGAAAGUCGGCGAAGUAGUGGUGAAAGUGGUGGAGAUGAAAGGCGAGGAUUGCUCGAAGAACGAGACGAUCAACCACCUAUUCCGACCUAUGAUGCGGCCGUAGGUGAAACGGCUGGACCGAGUCAUACUUGAGAGAUACCCUAUGAAAUGAAAUUAUGUCUUUAACCUGUACUCUGGAC